GGAAGCCAAUUAGGCACCUCUUGACCAGUGCAGCACUUCAGCUUCUGACAGCAGGUAGCUCUUGGGGCCUAUUGCCAGUUAUGGCACCACCACUCAGUGUGGUAAUAAAUGGUGAAAGGAAGAUACUGGUGGUUUGUGUGGUGAAUGACCUCUCAAAGGAAGCAUCAAGUGCUGUUUGGUUUUCCAAUGGAAAUGGAAGCAUGCUGGAGUCUUUCACCUAUAUGGUUUCUGGAGAAGGAAGUGACAGUUUCAACACAGUCUCUCAGCUUGCCAUUCGUACCAAAGAAUUUGAAUCAUGGAAUGCAGUUACUUGCUACGCUGCACAAAACAAAACUUCAAGGAUGUGGAACACCACCUCUCUUCAAAUCUCUGAAGAAGGCAUAGAAGAUUCAUGCCUGGAUGAAAACCAUGGAACCCAGGACCAGGCAUCAUCCACUGCAAUUCAAGAUACCUAUUCUCAGAGCCUGCUUCUUUUGGCCAUCCGAAUGCUGCUCUUCAAGUUUCUCCUGUCUGAUGUGUUGAUUACUUGUUGGUUCCUUUACAAGAGAGAAGACUCGUUGCCACAUCUGAAGUCCAACAAUUGUCCUGCAGUUCUUCCAUACAAAGUCAGAUUGUAUUCUGCUCCAAUGUACAUUUACCAUGGAUAGCACAAAGAGCAACAGAUUUCAGAGUUAAUAUAAUUUACUGCACAAUCCUAAAUUUGUUUAAUCAGAAGUAAAACCUCUUGAGUUCAAUGGUUCAUAAGCAAUGAGGAUUACAAAUUCUGGGCAUAUCUCAGUAAAAAUAAAGAUAUGUGUGGUAGAUCUUGCUUUUUUCCACUAGUUUCAUACCUUGCAGUGGUCUGAAGUACAGUAAUCAGUGAACACCAAAUGGAAGCAGAGGUUCAGAGAACAUCCCUAUCAAAAAAC